GAGCUGGGUGACUGUAACUGCCUGGGAGAAGGCACCUCGGGUGGGGUGGGGGCACUGGGUGCUCCUGGGGCUGAUGGAAGACCUGGGGGGUCAGGACGUAAAGGCGAGAGCGGAGACCCUGGCAUACCUGGUUUCGGAGGACAACCAGGAACACCUGUAAGUGAGCAGGAUUUUACUGUUUGAAGCUUACUCAUGUUUUGGGGCAAUUUCUCCAAAAAUGUAAAAGGAUUAUAGUAGUAUAGUGCUGCUAAAACGUACAUUUAGUCUAAAAAUGAAGCAGUUUAUGUCUACUCACUCCUUGUUUCAAUUUACAAAUAUAAAAUAUUAAAAGUGUACAUACAUUACUAGGUUUGCUUUACAAAUCUGAGGUAUGAUGACAAACUACAGUAUGUGAUGGUAACACCUCUUCUUCUCCCCUCAGGGUCGUGCGGGUGAGAGGGGUUUCUUCGGGCGUAAAGGAGAGAAGGGUGCUUCCUUCUACCCGUCGUUCAGCCGGGGGAUCAAGGGUGAACUGGGGGCCCAGGGCCCUCGGGGCCCCCCUGGAGACAUGGGCCGACCCGGGAGAGAUGGACUGCCUGGCUUCCCUGGACAGCCUGGGCCUCCUGUGAGUCACACACACAGAUACACGCACGCACAUACUGUACCCAGGCACACACAUUUACACACUUUUAUAGAUACCCACACCUUGUCCUGUGUAUUGUAAUAGACCUGUUUCUCUCCACUCCCCAGGCUGAUGUCGAUGGCUACGGAUCCGUCGGAGAGAGAGGUUUCCCAGGGUUCUCAGGGGCCAAAGGUCGCGCGGGUGAACCAGGAGAGAGUGGGAUUGGCUACGAGGGUGACGUCGGUACCCGCGGGUUGCCAGGCGACCCGGGCUUCUCCGGGUUACCAGGGCAACCUGGUUUGCCUGGCCCGCCAGGUAUGUGCCACCCAACGAGGAGGGCGUGAAGAGAGAGUGUGAGAGAGAGAGAGAGAGAGAGCGAGAGAGAGAUGUGGAAGUGUGUAUAGUCGUAUAUUUAUCCUAUUCUCUCCACAGGAGAACUACAUAUAGACCAAGCAAACUGUCUAAAAGAACGAUUUUGAGAAUCCCACUUGCUUCCCAUUGUGCAAACAACACAACGUAUUUCAGUAACUAAGGCUGCGUUUAGACAGGAAGCCCAAUUCUGAUCUUUCUUUUCACCAAUUGAUGUUUUGAUCAGAUCAGCUCUGAAAAAGAUUUUGAUCUGAAAAUAUCAGAAUUGGGCUGCUUGUUUAAAUGCAUCCUAAGUACGACAGCCCUUCAUUAGCUACAGACACACCAAAUAAAAUAUGUACAAUUGGGGCAUAUAGAACAACACAAUAGCAGUAUUAAGGUUAUUGCUAAAGCAGCCCAUGCAGCUUGCUACGGUUUUCCUCCCUUCAUUCAUUCCCUUGCAGGCAGUUGAUUGGUUAAUUCAUGGCCGUCAUUAAUAUGCUUAUCUCUCUAGCCAACCUACCUCAACCUUUAACUACACUGUUAGAAAAAAGGGUUCCAAAAGGGUUCUUCGACUGUCCCCGUAGGAUAACCCUUUUUGGUUCCAGGGUUGAACCUUUUUUGGUUCCACAUAAAACCCUUUAGGGUUCCAUGUAGAACCCUCUGUGAAAAGGGUCCUACAUGGAACCUAAAAUGGUUCUACUUGGAACCAAAAAUGGUUCUUCAAAGGGUUCACCUAUGGGGACAGAAGCACUUUUUUUCUACGAGUGUAACUGCUUCAACAAUUCACACAGAUCGACAGUAAUUAAUUUGCUGUGAUUGCGCAAUAAUGGCUACUACCGAACUGUGAUUUUUCAAUCUCAGAGGAGAAGGCAACGGAUGUUUAAAAAUAAUUCAUACAAGUUAAUGGAUGUUAAUGUAAUGAUAAUUUAGACUAAGUAUACAGAAGACUGACAGCUCCUGAUAACACUGAGGCUGUCCUAAUAUGGACACCAUAACAUGUUUUAGUAAUUUCACUGCAAUGGACUUUAGCUAGCUAACUCUUCUCUGAGAUUGAACGACACAAAACCCAACAGCAUUUUGCCACUCAUAUGAAUGAACGUGUGUGUGACUGUUGCCUACAUUUUCUGAUACAAUAAUGCUAAUGCUAAAACUGAUUCAUUUAUAUUUUUAAUACGAUACGUUAUUAUUUUUUGAAGAGAGAGAGAGAAUGAGGAAAGGUUGCAAAACAAAAGAUAGCAAAUACAUGAUGAGACCUUUUUUUUGCAGACAAAGCUAUUAAGAUAUCUUUAUCAUUUUGGUCAUAUUUGCCACUCUCUCCCUCUCUUUCUCCUCUUCUGAAAGAGAAUAACCUUGACCAAACAUCUCAGAAUUAUUUUUAUUUUGCUUAUGCCUUAACUGAAUGAGCUGAAUCUCUGACCUUUGAUUUGCUGAUUGUUUGAUUGAAUUAUUUUUAAUUGGCUUAUGCAUUGAUUUGCGUGACUGUAUGCAAAUGACCUGAAUGACCUUGAUUGGCUUGUCUUCUGCCGUCCUGUCCUCCCUGUAUCCCCCUGCCCUCUCUCUCUCACGCUCUCUCUCCAUCUCUCUCUCUCCCCCUCUCUCUCCCUCUCUCUUCCACUAGUACAUCUCUCUCUCUUGCUCUCUCUCUGACUCACUCUUUAUAUUUCUCUCUCUCUCUCUCUCUCUCUCUCUCUUCAUCCAUCCAUCCAUCCCUGCAUCCCUCCAUCUCUCUGACCCUGUGCAUGUUUGUCUGACCAGGUGACAGCUGUGGGCAGGAGGGGGUUAAUGACGCAGAGGGAGGUGAGAAGUUAAAGAGAACUGCCGUUGACAGAGAACCCCAGAGCCUUAGAUAUAGUCUUUAAGGUCAACUCUGUUUAAGAUUCAGAGUUCCAAUGGCAGCCAUUUCGGCACCGGGAGUUCCAAGACAAUAGGAUUCCAUUGUUAUGUCAUUGUUAUGGAACGUUUUGGUGCCAAAAUGGAUGGCAGACAGUUGGCCACAUACUGUGUACCUGUGGCUCAGGAGAUACUUGAUCAUCCUGUGGCCAUUGUUUGGAUGAAACACCCCAAGUGCUCAUUCAAAGCUUGUAAUGGCAGAAAAAGGAACCCCUGAACUCUUCAAUGGACAGAAUUGUCAUUUACUCAACAUGUCAAUCAUUUGUUCAUGAUGUCACCAAUGGAAGCUCCUUGUUGCCCCAUAUGAUUGGGAUUCCAUUGGGCUUGAAUCAGUUGAUGAUUGACACUUGAUGAUGAACAUUCUGCCCAGUGUUGAGUUCCAAGUAGCUUUGGUCCAGGGUGUUACGUGAGGCUGGCUGGCUGGCUCAGCAACAGCAAGCCGCAUGUAACGCCCUGGACCAGAGUUAAGUUCCGAGCUACAACUCUCUUCCUCUGUCAGAAAAUGGUUGGGAGCUUUCGGUGGCCAUUGGCAUUUAGCAGUGCAUUACUUCACUCCUUCUCCUCCAAUCAGAGCUGCUGAACCCUGGCGCAUGUGUUAAGCUCCGCCUCUGCUAAGUGCUUAACCAAUAGGGAGGGGUGAGCGCAAUGGGGGGGGGAGGGGGGGGAGCCAAUCAGACUUCAUUACAAUAGUGUCGUUUUUUAUUGAAAUAAUACCAAAGAAAAUACAUACAUUUACUUACUAGCUGUGAAUCACUUUUAACUGUCCAUAACUAUAAUGUUGUCUUAAUCAAUUAAUAACUACUUUUAAUCAACAGAUUGACAUAAAAUCCUCACCAUAAUUGAACAUAAUCAUAAUCACAUAAACGCAUAUCCAUAAACGAGCAUACAAAUAACAAUAAUGUGCUACAGUGAUGGCCAAUAUUUAUGUAUAAGCUAGACUGUGUGUACUUUAAUAUUAUAGUGGCAUUGUACCAAUUUGACUGAGGCAUAGAGGGCUUUACUCCAGCCCUGUGUGUUUGUGUGUUUGUAUGUGUGUGUGUGCGUGCUAACCGUGAUCUGACUGGCUGUUACUAGGGUUGACGGUCCCUUGUCGUCUAUCUGGCGAGGAUGGAGAACCCGGCUACCCAGGAAUAACUGGAAGACCAGGUAACAUAUAGACAUCCUCUCCAUGACAACACUUCCUGUUUUGUAAUUCAACAUAAAAAAUUUUUACCCGGAGUUUGACAAUGUCUAUGCGUAUGUGUGCGUGUGUGCGUGUGUGUGUGUGUGUGUGUGUAGGUUCCAAGGGCGAGCCAGGUUUCCCAGGGGGUCCCGGUCGGCCCGGCUUUGAUGGAGGGAAAGGAGAGAGAGGAGACCCUGGCUUCGGAGGUCGGCCUGGACCACAAGGUGACUAACACAGCUCAUGUUCUUGCCCAUUAGCUUCAACAAUAUCUCCACUCUUCUCUUUUCAAGCAUGACCAUCUAGUGACCACUAAUCUGAUUAAAACUGAUAUCUAUGGUCCAUUGUUGAUAUUUAUAGUAUAUGACUUUAUAGUAUAUGUCUAUGUUCUUGUUCCCAUGAGCUCAUGUUAAUUAGCCUUAACAAUAUCAACACUCUUCUCUGUUCUAGUGACCACUGAUAUCUAUGGUCCAUUGCUGCCAAUUAGUGACAAUAAAUAUUUACUGAAUGAAAUUGACUUAAUGUUUCUAUGACUUCCACUUACUCGUUUGAUUGCUGCCAACACAAAUUGCCUUUAGUGCUAAAUGGCAUACUGUAUAUACAGUAAUAGUGAAAAUAAUGAUUUAUUGAAUUGAACCGACUUUAUCCCCCUCCCCCCUCUCUCAGGAUUCCCUGGCCCCAGAGGAGAUGCGGGGGUCCCAGGUAUCCCAGGCGAGGGCCGUCCAGGGGCCCCAGGGAAGAACGGGCUCCCGGGGCGGCCGGGGGAAAAGGGGCAGCCGGGGCAGGUGCUGGGGGCCUCAAUAGGGCUCCCUGGAUCACCUGGGUUCCCUGGAGGACCAGGAGACAAGGGAGAGCGAGGAGCGUCGGGACUACCUGGAGGAUCAGGUGGGUCCCAGCAUGAUAAUGAACUAAUAAUCUGAUAAAUUACCCUUUGGGGAUCAAUAAAGUAAUCUAUUGAUCUAUCUAUUGAUCAAACUGUCUGUCUGUCUCAAUAUGAAAAUGGGGAACAAUAAACUACCUACAACUUCAAAGGUUCAAUGAAGCCUUCAUAAGGCCCUUAUAAUGCCCACAUAAAUGCUUCACCUAUUAUUCCGUGGGGAUGUUUCUAUGUGGCUCUGUGUAUCUGUACUGCAUGUUCCUCUGUGUCCUGCUGUAUCUUACCCUGUGUCCUGUAUUCUCCCAGGUUUUGACGGACGGUCCGGUGUUCCCGGAGCUAAGGGCGAGCGCGGUACAGAUGGCUACCCCGGAACGCCAGGUCUUCCCGGACUUCCUGGAGAGGGCAGACUGGGUGGAUUUCCCGGUCCUGCCGGACCACCCGGAAGGAAAGGAUUAACCGGAUCUCCAGGUGAGAGUCGGAAUGCAGGGAAUGUCAUAGGAUUUCCGGAAUUUUGUGAAUGUUAGUGAAUGUUGUCAUUAAUCCAUUGAAUCAAUUGAUUCCAGAUCCUAGAUAUCUCCUAGUCGUUGGUGUCUUUCAUUUUAGCCCACAGAGAGAACACUCAGACUCUCUCCUCCAUGCCUGUGUGUUGAUUGUGAAUGCUCCCCACCACUCCUCUUCUUUAUUGAUAUGUUCUCUCUAUUUUUAUUUUUAUGACCUUCAGUUUGUUAGCCUGUAAAUCCACUGGUUGCCUGUUUGUGAUCUCCAAAAGCAUUUCUUUUCACCUCUCAUUUUCUUUUCCAUCUUCUCUUCCUUCUCCUCCUUCUUCCUCUCUUCCUACACCAUCAUCUACAUCCAUCCUAUCAUCCUUCCAUCCCUCUCUUCUUGGUGAUUGGUCUCUCCCUAGGCUGUCAAGGUGAGCUACUCCCUUCCCUUCAUCCUUCGCUCCGUCUUAGACCAGUCGCUCUAACCUCCCUCCCUUCUUGCCUCCUCCGCCCAUCUUACCAACUCUAAAUGCUCCUUGGGAUUUGGAAUUCCCCAUUUUAGAACAACUGGCUUCUAGAACUGUUCUAAACCUUGAGCAUUUGAGUCCAAAGAAAGAGAUGUACAAAAAUAGAAAGUUGUUCAACCUCAUAGUACUUUUUCAGGUAGCACUAAUCUUAUAGGUGCAAUCUUAGUGUUGGAUCUCUACUAAACCUAGGAUUGCAAAUUUCCGGUAACUUUCCCAAAACUCUCUGGUUUUCCAAAAAUCCUGGUUAGAAGAUUCCCUGAUUUCCUGCUUAUUCCCUUCUGAUUCCAUGGAUCUUCCAACAAGGAUUUCUGGAAAUCCUGGGAAUUUUACCAGAAUUUUGCAACCCUAACUAAACAUAACUUAAGCCUUGCUGGCAGCAAGUGUGUGUAUCGCUGUAACAUUGAUAGGCUUGUGUGAACCCUUACCUCAUCUUAACCAUCCAACCCACUCACCUCAACCUACGAGCCUAAAAGCCUGUUCUAGAAACAUCUAGAAGACAGAAAACAUAGAAGGCUUUCUAGAGGGUAUUUAUUAUGUGGUUGAGCGAUCUAAUUUUACUCUGGAAUUGCACUUGAGUGUACAGUAUAUUUUAUCAUGAAUAUUGGCAUGAUCAUUUUUCAUCCCUUGAUAAGGGAUUUGAAUGUAACCUGUAACUAUGUAAACCAGCAGGAAUAAUUUACAUUGAUCAAUCUCAUAUUCCAUACUUUUUCUCAAUUUAAGUGCAAUUGCAGCUUAAACUAGGUCAUGAAACAAUGUAACUGAACAUGUAUUUACAUUGUUGUUCACAUGACUUGUUUGCAUUCUGAACUACAAUAAUUAAGCGACAAAGCCCGAGGGGGUGUGGUAUAUGGCCAAUAUACACUAUAUAUACAAACGUAUGUGGACACCCCUUCAAAUUAGUGGAUUCGGCUAUUUCAGCCACACCCGUUGCUGACACGUAUAAAAUCGAGCACACAGCCAUGCAAUCUCCAUAGACAAACAUUGGCAGUACUGAAGAGCUCAGAGAUUUUCAACGUGGCACUGUCAUAGGAUGCCACCUUUCCAACAAGUCAGUUUGUAAAAUGUCUGCCCUGCUAGAGCUGCCCCGGGUAACUGUAAGUGCUGUUAUUGUGAAGUGGAAACGUCUAGGAGCAACAACGGCUCAGCCGUGAAUUGGUAGACCACACAAGCUCACAGAACAGGACCGCCGAGUACUGAAGCGCGUAGCGCGUACAAAUCGUCUGUCCUCGGUUGCAACACUCACUACCGAGUUCCAAACUGCCUCUGGAAGCAACAUCAGCACAAGAACUGUUCAUCUGGAGCUUCAUGAAAUGGGUUUCCAUGGCCGAGCAGCCGCACACAAGCCUAAGUUCACCAUGGAAACCCAUAGGAAACGCGUUCUCUGGAGUGAUGAAUCACGCUUCACCAUCUGGCAAUCUGACGGACAAAUCUGGGUUUGGUGGUUGCCAGGAGAAUGCUACCGGUACCAAUGCAUAGUGCCAACUGUAAAGUUUGGUGGAGGAAGAAUAAUGGUCUGGGGCUCUUUUUCAUGGUUCGGGCUAGGCCCCUUAGUUCCAGUGAAGGGAAAUCUUAACGCUACAGCAUACAAUGACAUUCUAGACGAUUCUAUCCUUCCAACUGUGUGGCAAACAGUUUGGGGAAGGCCCUUUCCUGUUUCAGCAUGACAAUGCCCCAGUGCACAAAGCAAGGUCCAUACAGAAAUGGUUUGUCGAGAUCGGUGUGGAAGAACUUGACUGCCUGCACAGAGCCCUGACCUCAACCCCAUCGAACACCUUUGGGAUGAAUUGGAACGCCGACUGCGAGCCAGGCCUAAUCGCCCAACAUCAGUGCCGACCUCACUAAAGCUCUUGUGGCUGAAUGGAAGCAAGUUCCCACAGCAAUGUUGCAACAUCUAGUGGAAAGCCUUGCCAGAAGAGUGGAGGCUGCAGGUGAGCAGGUGUCCACAUACUUUUGGUCAUGUAGUGUACAACAGCUAAGUGCUGUUAUUAUGCGCGAUGCAACACGGAGAGCCUGGAUACAGCCCUUAACCGUGGUAUAUUGGUCAUAUAGCACAAACCCCCAAGGUGCCUUAUUGCUAUUAUAAAAUAAAUGUUUUGUCAUACUCGUGGUAUACGGUCUGAUAUACAACGGCUGUCAGCCAAUCAGCAUUCAGGGCUUGAACCACCCAGUUUAUAAUGUCAUUUAGAUACUGAAUAUGAUUGUAGUAGUAAUAAUAAUAAUAAUAAUAAUAAUAAUAAUGUCAAUUCAAGGUAAGUUGUGUUUAUAACAGUGCAAUAAAGGUAAGUUUUGAUUAUAAAAGUAUAAUAUGGGUAAGUUUGGUUAUUUUUAUGUCAUAUGAAUAUAUUUUUACUUUAAUCUAAUGUACUCCAUUGAUUCCCAUAGGAAAGAGUUAGGCCUGACUCUCUGUUCUCUCCAUCCCUGCCCAGGCUACCCCGGUGUGAAGGGAGCCAGAGGUGACGCAGGCUUCCCAGGCCCAGCUGGGAUGAAGGGACAACCAGGAGAACCAGGAGGCGAUGGCCCUCCAGGACUCAGGGAUCUUCCAGGACCACCGGGCCCCGGGGGAAGAGACGGCAUCCCUGGGGGACCAGGAAGAAAGGGUAGGGUGGUGGUGGAUAACCAAACAUACACAGCUCCAUAGCUAACUUCCAAGCCAAGGUAGGGUGGACACUCAUAAUAGUGCAAAUCUCAAAUUACAUCAUUCAGUGCACUACUUGCCAAGUCGGGCACUUGGCAUUUUUAGAGAGAUGAAUAGAUUAAUUGGACCCAUACCCACUAUUGCUCUAUUGAUGUUUAUUUGGCUUGAAAAUGUUGAUGUAGAGUGGAUAUCAGUCAGAUCCACUAGCCAUUUUCUAAUCAUCAUUCUUUUCCUGUUCACAGGCGAGAACGGUUUCCCCGGACUGGUGGGUUUCCCCGGAAUGCCAGGUAACCCUGGAAGACCUGGUGGUCCAGGAGGGAAAGGAGCUCCUGGAUUCUCAGGAAGAGAAGGUCUGCCCGGAGACUUCGGAGCACCAGGACCUAAAGGUACAGGAUUGGGAAUGACAGAACUAAUGGAAUGAUGACAAGGGAGUGGAUAGGGAGUAGAUUUUCAUUUGAAUCUGACAUGAUGAAUAGUCUCACAGUACUUUUUUGGUUUAGUUUCACAAAAGAAUGUACUGGGCUUGCUCAAACCCUAUGGCGUAGAAGAAACACUAAUUGUAUUAUUUGGUUCAAAGAGAAACUGAACGACGUGGCUUCUUUCUCUGUGUGUGUAUGUUCCAGGUGACAGAGGUGACACUGGUCUCCCCGGCGCACCCUCUCUGCCCGUCAGAGUUGAGUACAUUGAGAAGGGACAGAGGGGCGACAAUGGUGCCAACGGUCUACCCGGUUUCCCUGGACCUAGAGGUAGGUGGUAGGCUACAAAUCAAAAUCGUCAUCCAUUUUGUGCCAAAUGUGUGUCACCAACAAGGUCUUACAUCUGCCAUUUUGUGCCAAACGUGUGCCACCAACCUAGGCUGAAGAUAACAAAGGUUAAGACAAGAGGGUUCUAAUAUCCCAUAACUCUUUGCAUAAAUGCAGAAGAUUUCUAAACAAUUGGACCAGAGAUGCUAGUUAUUAACGGCGCUUGUCCCAUGAAUUUCUUUCUUUUCAAAAGCUUCCUUUUGGAAUUAUUAGGUUGUCCUAACCUGGAUAUCUUCAACCUAGCCACCAUCAAGCUCCUGCAGCAGCCAUUUUGUGUUAAAUGCUCUUCACCAACAAGCUCCUGCAGCAGCCAUUUUGUGCCAAACGUGUGUCACCAACAAGCUCCUGCAGCCGCCAUUUUAGAUAAAAUGCUCAUCACCAACAAGUGCCUUCAGCUGCCAUUAAGGAUCAAAUGCUCAUCACCAACAAACUCCUACAUCCUCCAUGUUGUGCCUCCCUGUCCCCAGGUGACAAGGGUUUCCCAGGGCAGCCUGGUCGUCAGGGAUUGCCCGGGCUGCCUGGUUAUGCUGACAGGGCUAAAGGAGAACCAGGACUUCCUGGUCUCCCUGGACGCCCAGCCGGGCCAGGCUACCCAGGACCUAAAGGAUCUCCCGGUAUCAUCGGCUUCCCUGGCAUGCCUGGACCUAGGGUAGGCAUAUACACCACCAUACAAAGAGGUUAAGAGUGACUUUGUAGGCAGUAGACAGAAGUGGCAGUUGAUGUUAUACUGAGUUUGACAUAUUAUUUUUCUGUAGGGUGACGAUGGCGAACCUGGCUUCCCUGGAAACCCUGGAGUCCCUGGUCAGCCAGGUGCUAAAGGUGAGUGGCUGUCACGUCACCUGUCGUAUACCUACCUGUGAACCUCAUGUCAUCUUACUGUACCUGUGUCGGUCUCUUCCGUGUGCUAUUCUCUUAACUGUAUUCUCUUACCUAUUGUAUUCUGUUAUCUCUGCCAUUCUUUCCUGUAUUUUUCAGUGUAAAUGUUUUAUAUUGGUUAAGUUCUUUCCUGUAUCUUUUCAGUGUAGGGGUUUUGUAUUGGUUAAGUUCUUACCUGUAAAUUGUAUGGUUCUCAGGUGAGAGAGGUGACUCGUCCGGCUACCCCGGUGGUCCGGGAGCUAAAGGUGAGGCCGGAACCCCUGGUUACUCAGGUGGCCCAGGUGCUAAAGGCGCCCCCGGGGACAACGGUUUCCCAGGCGGCCCUGGGUUCAGCGGACAGAAGGGAGCACUGGGAGAUUCAGGAAGACCCGGACUCACGGGUGAGUGGGGAUGAUAAUGUCACUGGAAGUGAUGUCAUAAAGGUCACACAGAUGAAUCAAGUCACAGGAAAGAAACCUCCUUAUCAUUAUUCAUCUAUUCUUUACAUUUGUGCUCACACAUGUUCCCUGGUGUGUUUUUUGGGGUCCCCCCUUCUCAGGUACCCCUGGUUUCACUGGCGGUAAGGGUCUGAACGGAUACCCAGGAGGAAGAGGUCUAGAUGGGACGCCUGGCCGCCCCGGCUCCCCUGGAACAUCUGGAGAGAAAGGUUUGUUUAGACACACACACUGAACCAUAGUCUCCUCUAGCUUUUCCAUACCACACAUUACCGUUUGUAAUACAACAUCAUUGGCCUGAGAGAAAAUAGUUCCUUCUCUAUCUUAAACUGACAUGGCCCGCUCUGACAUAACUUUAGUACAAUGUCAUUUAUUGAAGUUGAUAUUAUAAUGCAAUAAUAGUGUUCUUUCUCAAGGUCUGCCAGGAUCUCCUGGUCUUGAUGGGCUCAACGGACUGGCUGGACCCAAGGGUCUACCAGGAACCCCAGGUUAUAGUGAGGGGGGUCGUCCCGGCACCCCUGGCGUGGCUGGUCUGAAGGGAGAGAGGGGCUCCUCCAUCCCAGGAGGACCUGGGUACAAUGGAGAGAAGGGAGCUAGAGGAGAGUCAGGUGAGAAAGAUCACUCAAUCCGUCAAUCAAAUAAUCAAUCAAGUGUAUUUUAUAGCCCUUUUUCAUAUCGGCAGUAGUCACUAAGUGCUUUACAGAUAGCCGGCCUACAACCCCAAAGAGCAAGCAAUGCAGAGGUGGAAGCACAGAUGAGCAUAGAUGAGUAACGUUGAGUAACCUUGAUGAGUAACGUGAUGACCGACUUCAACCCUAACCUUGCCUAUAGACUUGUGUUUGCUCCCCGAGCUAAUGCAUAUGCUUUAGCUCAGCGGGCAAAAACAGUCUUGUGGUGUGCAGAAGACCAAGGUUUCGAACACCGGUCGUUCACACAGACAUAGAUAAUAUACAGUGCCUUCGGAAAGUAUUCAGACCCCUUGACUUUUUCCACUUUUUGUUACUUUACAGCCUUAUUCUAAAAUGUAUGAAAUUGUUUUAUUUAUUUAUCACAUUUGUGAUCGACUGCCUCGAUUCGGUCUUAUGUAGCAACAUUUGAAAUUGUGUUUUUUUACAUUGGAUAAAAGUAGAGACUCAGAGCUAGAAAAUUGUAUAUCAUGCAGUUGAGGAACAAUGGGAAAGUAAUUCUGCUUUGAAAGUUGAUAAACUUUUGAGAAAAUGGCGCUUGAAUGUUUUGGUACACCUACUGGAGAGCUCUUCUUCUGUCUACACCCAUUCAGCAUCGUUCAUACCCUCUUAAGCCUUAGUCCGACCCAUCUCUUUAAGGAUUCACAUGUGAGGCCAUGUGGUAAACAGUCUAUAUCAAAUAAAAUCUACGUUUAUUUGUCACAUGCACAGGACACAGAAGGUAUAAAUCGUACAGUGAUAGUACUUGCAAUAUCAAAAACAGGAAGUGUCCAGAUAAAAAUAUGUUAUAAAUAUUUUAUCGUUAUUAGAUUACGCUUACCCGACACACUUGUCUAAAUUGAUGGGUAAUGUGAAGGAAAUGCUAUAACCACCCCUCACCCACAUCUAGCUAAGUGGAUGGGUCACUAUUGUCUAGACAUGUACACAUGUUCAUGAAAUACAAUCGAUGGCCGUAAUCACCCCCAGACACACCUGCUAAUUUGAUGGGUCAUGUAAUAAUACGGGCGAAGUGGAGUCUUUUGUUUAGACAUUAGCUAGGUAGAUAGCUAGCUAAACAAUGAACCGGCAUAAUCCCAACUCACACUACUACCAAUACAAACAUUGUCAUAGCUGUAGUAUGAAUCUGCAGGUAGCUAAAGCUAACAAACUAGGUGCAACGUUAACUAGCUAACAUUAGGCUAUAACUAGCAAUGCAAAUGGAUUUCUGAUUCAAAUAAUAUUACUACACAGAUCAUACACGUAAUGUUAGCUAGCAAGCCAGCAAGCUAAUGUUUGCUAGCUAACUAACAGUAUGCUUUAACUUGCAAUAAAAAUGACUUUGACAAAAUUAGAAACUUGUAGAUAGACUCUUACCCGUAUACAUGGAUGAAUGCUUCACGGCAGACUGGAACCAUUUAACUCAGUUUUGUUUGUAGCAACAUCUUGUUUAGCCAGCUUUGUGUCAAGUCACUCCGGUUCACACUGACCGUGGCGUGUGCAGAAAGUUCCCUACCUUCUCCCCUUUCCACCUGCCUCCUACAUUUUUGCGGUAAUGCUGCAGUCAAUUUGUUGUAAUUUUGGAUACAGCAGAAAUGUCCAUAUAUUUUUGUUAACUGCAUGUAUGACUUAACUCCACCAGUCCUAUUUAUGAUAUCAUUUACAAAGAUUAUAUAUAUUAUAAUUUUUUAUUACAAAAAUAAUGUUUUUUUUAAUCAAUUAGUAUAUUUGAGUUUAACCAUAAUAUUUGUUGUGAUAUUUGUUCUGUCUUUUCUGGUGUAUUAAACUGAAAUUGCAACCAGCUUUCUAUGGCUUGUUUUAAAAGUAGCGAUAUUUUUGAGAUUAUUUCAUUUUCAAAUAACCGACAGUGAGAGGUUGUAAUCUGAAUGAAGGGAAAAAGGCCAUUCUUGAACAAGGGGUGAGCAAUUCUUACUAAUCUGCUAGAGAACCAGUUUGGAUUUAAUUAUAGUUUUUGUAUGCCUUUAGUGAGAGGUACAAUGCUUUCAUAUUUAAUAAUUGUAGUCCUCCGAAUUCAUAUUCAUUAUAUAAAAAGGGCCCGUUUAAUUUUGUCUGGCUUGUCGUUCCAAAUAAAGUAGAACAUUUUUUGCUCAUAUAAUUUAAAAACACAAAUCUUUAGGUGUAGGCAGGGCCAUAAGUAAAUAGGUAAACUGGGAUAUGACUAAAUUUUUCCACAAAUAGACAGGUGUUGGUAGCAAGAUCUUAUCUAAUUUGGCUAACUGUCUAUUAAAAUGUAUUGUAGUGAGAUCAUUUCUUCUUUUGGGAUAUGAAUACCGAGUAUGUCCACUUCACCGUCGGACCAUUUUAUUGGUAAACUACACGGUAAUGUACAGUGAGGGAAAAAAGUAUUUGAUCCCCUGCUGAUUUUGUACGUUUGCCCACUGACAAAGACAUGAUCAGUCUAUAAUUUUAAUGGUAGGUUUAUUUGAACAGUGAGAGACAGAAUAACAACAACAAAAUCCAGAAAAACGCAUGUCAAAAAUGUUAUAAAUUGAUUUGAAUUAUAAUUAGGGAAAUAAGUAUUUGACCCCUCUGCAAAACAUGACUUAGUACUUGGUGGCAAAACCCUUGUUGGCAAUCACAGAGGUCAGACGUUUCUUGUAGUUGGCCACCAGGUUUGCACACUUCUCAGGAGGUAUUUUGUCCCACUCCUCUUUGCAGAUCUUCUCCAAGUCAUUAAGGUUUCGAGGCUGACGUUUGGCAACUCGAACCUUCAGCUCCCUCCACAGUUUCUAUGGGAUUAAGGUCUGGAGACUGGCUAGGCCACUCCAGGACCUUAAUGUGCUUCUUCUUGAGCCACUCCUUUGUUGCCUUGGCCAUGUGUUUUGGGUCAUUGUCAUGCUGGAAUACCCAUCCACGACCCAUUUUCAAUGCCCUGGCUGAGGGAAGGAGGUUCUCACCCAACAUUUGACGGUAAAUGGCGCCGUCCAUCGUCCCUUUGAUGCGGUGAAGUUGUCCUGUCCCCUUAGCAGAAAAAUAUCCCCAAAGUAUAAUGUUUCCACCUCCAUGUUUGACGGUGGGGAUGGUGUUCUUGGGGUCAUAGGCAGCAUUCCUCCUCCUCCAAAUACGGCGAGUUGAGUUGAUGCCAAAGAGCUCGAUUUUGGUCUCAUCUGACCACAACACUUUCACCCAGUUUUCCUCUGAAUCAUUCAGAUGUUCAUUGGCAAACUUCAGACGGGCCUGUAUAUGUGCUUUCUUGAGCAGGGGGACCUUGCGGGCGCUGCAGAAUUUCAGUCCUUCACGGCAUAGUGUGUUACCAUUGACAAGAUCCUCCCGUGUAGUUCUGGGCUGAUUCCUCACCGUUCUCAUGAUCAUUGCAACUCCACAAGGUGAAAUCUUGCAUGGAGCCCCAGGCCGAGGGAGAUUGACAGUCCUUUUGUGUUUCUUCCAUUUGCGAAUAAUCGCACCAACUGUUGUCACCUUCUCACCAAGCUGCUUGGCGAUGGUCUUGUAGCCCAUUCCAGCCUUGUGUAGGUCUACAAUCUUGUCCCUGACAUCCUUGGAGAGCUCUUUGGUCUUGGCCAUGGUGGAGAGUUUGGAAUCUGAUUGAUUGUUUCUGUGGACAGGUGUCUUUUUAUUUAGGUAACAAACUGAGAUUAGGAGCACUCCCUUUAAGAGUGUGCUCCUAAUCUCAGCUCGUUACCUGUAUAAAAGACAUCUGGGAGCCAUAAAUCUUUCUGAUUGAGAGGGGGUCAAAUACUUAUUUCCCUCAUUAAAAUGCAAAUCAAUUUAUAACAUUUUUGACAUGUGUUUUUCUGUAUUAUUUUGUUGUUAUUCUGUUACUCACUGUUCAAAUAAACCUACCAUUAAAAUUAUAGACUGAUCAUUUCUUCUUCAGUGGGCAAACGUACAAAAUCAGCAGGGGAUCAAAUACUUUUUUCCCUCAUUGUAAAAGUUAUCAUUUGGUUUUAAUCCAGAGAGGUUAGAGAAAGUAUCUAGAUCAGGGGUGUCAAACGUCCGAUCCGCGGGCCGGAUCAGGCCCGCAAACGGGUUUAAUCCGGCCCGCGAGAUGAUUUUGGAAUAAAAAAAUAAAAAAAAAAAUAAAAAAUGUGUAAAGUAUAAAAAUGAGCUGCAAUUUUUCAAUAAAAUAAACUGCUGUUCCAAUUGCGUCCACUCGAUGGCGCAAUAGCAAUUGUGUUAAGCAAGCAAACUGUUUAUACCGGGGCAGAGCAAGUAGGUCAAGCACGUGCAGCCAAUGUGCUACUUUGUUUUGCCCGCGAUAUUUAUUACGGCUUCUACUUUUAACAUUAUGUGCUUUGGCACCCUCAUUGCCUCAAUAUGUCUCUGUCGAAAAAGAGAAAAGUGGACGCAGAGUGCAGUGUUCCAAGAAAAAUGGUCAUCCUAUUUAUUCACGGAAUUGAAUGGGAAAGCUGUAUGUUUGGUGUGUUCAGAGCAUGUUGCAGUGCUGAAAGAAUAUAACCUUCGUCGCCACUAUGUGAGUCUUCAUGCCGACAAAUAUGACAACUUUCAAGGACAGCGGAGAAGAGAGAAGGUGAAUGAACUGUUGGCGGGUCUGAAGAAACAGCAGUCUGUGUUUACUCACAGCCGAGACAUCAGUGACGCUGCAGUGAAAGCUAGCUACCUCAUUGCUAAUGAAAUCGCAGUGGCUUCAAAACCAUUUAGUGAGGGUGAAUUUGUAAAAACAUGCAUGAUGAAGGCAGCGGAGAUUGUGUGCCCUGAAAAGCGGCAGGCUUUUGCAAAUAUCAGCCUGACAAGAAACACAGUUGCAGACAGGAUUUCCGAUCUUUCAGUGGAUUUGGACAGCCAGUUGAAGCAAAAAGUAAAGUCAUUUAUUGCGUUUUCGGUUGCAAUUGAUGAAAGCACGGACAUUACAGAUGUUGCACAACUGGCCAUUUUCAUCCGCGGAGUUGAUAACACAUUGACCGUCACCGAGGAGUUCGUGGAGUUGGUGCCGAUGACAGAUACAACGAUAGCAGCUGAUAUUUUUACCGCACUCGUCGGCGCGCUGGACAGGGUCGGAGUGGACUGGUCCCGCGCUGUCAGCCUGGCUACAGAUGGUGCGCCCUCAAUGAUCGGGAAAAAAGCAGGCGUUGUGACAAAGUUCAGAGAGAAAGUGCAAUCUGCAAAUGGAGGACGUGAUUUUUUUACUUUUCACUGUAUUUUGCACCAGGAGGCUUUGUGUUGCAAGUCAUUAAAGAUGGAUAACGUCAUGAAGGUGGUCAUCCAAACUGUUAAUUUCAUCUGAUCCAGAAGCCUGAAUCACCGUCAGUUUGACAGCCUUCUCAGAGAGAAAGACCACAUCUAUGGCCUGCCAUACCACACUGAGGUAAGAUGGUUAAGCCGAGGUGCUGUGCUGAGGCGUUUCUUUGAUUUACGAGAAGAAAUUGAACAGUUCAUGGAAGAAAAGGGCAAACCAGUGUUAGAAUUUCAUUCCGCAGAAUGGAUGCAGGACCUUGCAUUUAUGGUGGAUGUUACAGAGCACCAGAAUAACUUGAACAAACAGCUGCAAGGGCGCAACAAAAUUGUCACGCAGUAUUAUGACAGCAUACGUUCUUUCAAGUUGAAGCUGUCAUUGUGGGAGACGCAACUUGCCGGUGGUGAUGCAGCUCAAUUCCCCUGUCUGAAAAAUGUGUACGCGACCCAACAUGUGGCAGACAUGAAGCGGUUCAAAGAUAAAAUAACGGGACUGUUACGGGAGUUUGAGCAACGCUUUCAGAUUUAUGUUUAUAUGUUUUUAUGUUGAUGUGCUAUUGUUUUUAAUUGAUUUUAUUUGUAUAUUUAACCUAUUCUUGACUCUGUGGUUCUUGCACUGGUUUGGGGAACAGGAUUUCAUUCUUUUUAUCUACAUUUCUGCCUGAGAAAUGACACCCUGAUAUAGUUCUGUGAUCUGUGAAACAGUUCUGUUAAUCACUGAGGCAUUGUGUGUUUGUGUGUUCUUUUUCUUUAGAAUUUUCAAAUAAACUUGACGUGUUUUAUGAUUAAUAGUGAUGUUGUGCUUGUACUAUUUUGGACACACUGUCCUCAGGCUCCAGCUUUAUGUUGUAUGUUGAUCGUAUUAAAACAAAGAAAACAAUCUGAAGUUGUUGUUUUUAAGUUAUUUAUACCAUGAUUUUUCCGGUCCGGCCCACUUGGGAAUAGAUUUUCCUCCAUGUGGCCCCUGAGCUAAAAUGAGUUUGACACCCCUGAUCUAGAUCCUCUAUGAGGCUGUGCAGGAAUCCAACCUCUCACAGCUUUGUUUUUAAGCCCUGGAUUUCUAGCCCCUUGAUAUUAUUGUUGGAUCUGAUAUUAAUAGCUAACAUUUCGAUGUCCAUAAUAAAUAGAUAUGCCGAUAGUGGACAACCUUGUUUUACUCCUGUUGACAGUUUAAUACCUUCUGAGAAGUAGCCAUUAUUUACUAUUUUACACCUGGGGUUACUAUACAUAACUUUAACCCAUAGUAUAAGAGAUUCUCGUAAAUUAAAAUAGUCCAGGCAUUUAUUUUUAUUUAACCUUAUUUAACUAGGCAAGUCAGUUAAGUGGUCCUCUGUAGCUCAAUUGGUAGAGCAUGGCGCUUGUAACGCCAGGGUAGUGGGUUCGAUCCCCGGGACCACCCAUACGUAAAAAUGUAUGCACACAUGACUAAGUCGCUUUGGAUAAAAGCGUCUGCUAAAUGGCAUAUUAUAUUAUAUUAUUAAGAACAAAUUCUUAUUUACAAUGAUGGCUUAUCAAAAGGCAAAAGGCCUCCUGCGGGGACGGGGGCUGGGAUUAAAAAUGUAAAUAUAGGACAAAACACACAUCACGACAAGAGACACCACAACACUACAUAAAUAGAGACCUAAGACAACAACAUAGCAUGGCAGCAACUAUAUAAUUUAUCAAUUCCAGUCGUGCUUUAUCAAAGGCCUUUUCAAAGUCAGUAAUGAAUACCAUGCCUGGUUUCCCAGAUUUUUCAUAGUGUUCUAUUGUUUCCAGUACUUGUCUUAUAUUAUCUCCAAUGUAUCAUCGAUGUAAAAAACCUGUCUGAUUAGGAUGAAUAAUGUCUGACAAUACCUUUUUAAUUGUAUGCGCUAUGCAUUUUGCUAGGAUUUUGCCAUCACAACACUGAAGUGUAAGGGGCCUCCAGUUUUUUAGGUGGACUGAAUCUUUAUAUUUACCACCUGGGUCCUGUUUCAGUAAUAUUGAAAUCAGACCUUGCUGAGUAUCCGAUAGUCUACCAUUUUUAUAGGAGUGGUUAAAACAUGCUAAUAACGGACCUCUGAGUACAUCGAAAAAAGGUUUGAUAUGCCUCAACUGGUAUGCCAUCCAGCCUGGAGUUUUCCCGGACUUAAAGGCUUUAAUUGUAUCAAGUUCCUCCUCUGUAAUUUGACCUCCAUGAGUCUUUCUGAACAACUGUUAAUUUUACACUAUUAACAUAAAUAUAAUCCUUACAAUUAACUUCAGUUAGUGUGUAACAGGUUUCUGUAAAUUAUUUUUGGUAGCAUUUCUGUGUUGAAGAUUAAAAAAUAAUAUAUUCCAUCGAGUUUGCUUUAUUUAUUAUAAUAUAUUACACUUGACCUUUCUUGAAUAAAUUCCUCCAGUUCUUUUAGUUUUUCCUCUAACUUAUUAUGUGCCUCUAUGGGACAGUUUUUAUUGCUAUCUCUCUGUAUUGUUACUUCCUCUAUUUCCUUUGUUAAUAUAAACAGUUUCUACCUAAAUAUCUUUUGUUUUAAAUAUGAGUAUUGAAUUGCAUGGCCUCUAAAAGGCACAUUUAAAAGUGUCCCAUACAAUAAGGGGAUCUGCUGUACCUGUGUUAUGUAGGAAAAAGUCAGUUAUAAAUUAUUCUGUCUUGGUUAAAAACAAGUUGUCUUCCAGUAGGCUCUGAUAAAAUGUCCAAUAUCCUCGCACUCCCGGAAAUUCUGUAAGAGUAAUGUAUAUACCAAUUAUUUGAUGGUCCGACCACAUUCUGUCCCCUAUCAACACUCUUAACUUUUGGUGGCAGCGAGAAUAACAUAAGAAAGUAGUCAAGAUGACUAGCUUGAUUGAGCCUCCGCCAUCCAUGAUUUCCUUAAGUGCAUGAGGGUGAUAGUUUGAUAGUUUAUGGUCCAUAAUAUAUUUGUUAGUGCACUAUUCCCUGUAAUAGUGCACUACUUUUGACCAGAGUCUGUUUCUAAAGCAGAAACAGUGAGGCACCUAGGGUAACGUGUGUGUGUUGAUGCUGACCCCAACUCUUGUCUGGAUGUCAGGGGGUCCUGGUAUGACGGGCUUCCCAGGUCUGCCUGGUCCUCGCGGGGAGACGGUCGAUUCUAACAUCCCUGGACCACUGGGAAAUCCUGGCCUUCCUGGAAUCGAUGGAGAACAAGGUAAUUUAACCCUUCAUUUGGCCCUUUAUAAAACUAUAGAUUGACCAGCUGAGAUUUGUCUCCUCCUUAUAUUCCUCUGUCUCACUUUCCUCCUCUUUCUUCCAUGUUCUUCUCCUCCUUUCUACUUUCCCCUCUUAUCUCUUUCCUCCUUCCAUCUCUCCAUCUCUUACCACUCUAUAUCUAUACCUAGUUCACUGAGUGUUAAAUUACUAACAUCUCCUCUCUCCUCUAUCCGUUCCUCCAGGUUGUCCUCUUCUCCUUCUCUUUCUCUCAAAUUCUCCCUCUGAGUCAUCUCUCCUUCUCCUCCCUCCAUCUAAAUCCAACACUCUAUAGACCUCUAUACUGUAGCUAGUUCACUCUUGUGUUAAUUGUUUAUGGUCGGAUCCUCCAGGUUACCGUGGUCCUCCAGGCCCCCCAGGCCCACCUGGGCCCGGUACAACCCAGGGAGACAGAGGCGACGCUGGGCUAUCUGGCAUCCCUGGUACCCCUGGUAACCGUGGAGACCCUGGGGGUCCAGGUGGCAUAGGACGGGACGGAAACCCUGGAUUCAAAGGUACAGGGAUGACAAAUCAAUGUACUGUAAUAUCCAUCAGAAUGUGAUUUGAAAGCAAGGUACAGUGAUGAUGGCUCUCAGAAUGAGGAUGAUUACCCUGAUUGGGUCAACAAUAGGGUUUCAAAAAAGGCUGCUUUAUUUAAAGUAAGAGUCACGUUUGAAUAUCAACCUAAAUUGGAUGUUGAUCUGAAACGUACAAUUUCUCUGAUGGGCACAUUUGUUGACAACUCAAUAAAGUAUCAACCAGAAUUGGAUGUUGAUCUGACAUUUUCUUACCCGAUAGUUGGUGUACCAUGUACCAUGUGUCUGAUGGGGCUUGUUGUUAAUGUUGUUGUUGUUGUGUUGCCCAGGAACGAGAGGUGACUCUGGGUACAGUGGAGCUUCAGGACAAAAGGGCUUCCCUGGAGAUCCAGGAUACUAUGGAGGGAAAGGACCCAAAGGAAGGAGAGGUGAGAGACUUAUCAUUUUAACACACAUUGAUCUUGAAGAUGAAACACUUGUCUUUGUAAAUUUGAUCAAUUCAUUGUAAAAAAUGUACCUCUCAUUUUGCUUUCUCUUUCUCUCUCUCUCUACCCCCCUCUCUCUCUCAAUUCAAUUCAAUUUAAGGGGCUUUAUUGGCAUGGGAAACAUAUGUUUACAUUGCCAAAGCAAGUGAAAUAGAUGAUAAACAAAAGUGAAUUAAACAAUAAAUAUAUUAACAGUAAAAAUUACACUCACAAAAGUUCAAAAAUAAUAAAGACAUUUCAGGUGUCAUUAUGUCUAUAUACAGUGUUGUAAUGAUGUGCAAAUAGUUAAAGUACAAAAAGGAAAAUAAAUAAACACAAAUAUAGGUUGUAUUUACAAUGGUGUUUGUUCUUCACUGGUUGCUCUUUUCUUAUGGCAACAGGUCACAAAUCUUGCUGCUGUGAUUGCACACUGUGGUAUUUCACCCAAUAGAUAUGGGAGUUUAUCCAAAUUGGAUUUGUUUUCAAAUUCUUUGUGGGUCUGUGUAAUCUGAGGGAAGUAUGUGUCUCUAAUAUGGUCAUACAUUUGGCAGAAAGUUAGGAAGUGCAGCUCAGUUUCCACCUCAUUUUGUGGGCAGUGUGCACAUAGCCUGUCUUCUCUUGAGAGCGAGGUCUGACUAUGGCGGCCUUUCUCAAUAGCAAGGUUAUGCUCACUGAGUCUGUACAUAGUCAAAGAUGUCCUUAAUUUUGGGUCAGUCACAGUGAUCAGGUAUUCUGCCACUGUGUACUCUCUGUUUAGGGCCAAAUAGCAUUCUAGUUUGCGCUGUUUUUUUGUUAAUUCUUUCCAAUGUGUCAAGUAAUUAUAUUUCUGUUUUCCCCCUCCUUUCCCCUCCUCACACCUCUCUCCCUCCCCCUCUAGGUAAUUCUGGUAAUAAGGGACCCCCAGGUAUAAUUUUCCCCGGGCCGAACAUCCAGAUAACCUAUGGAGACAUGGGAGGCCCCGGGGCCAACGGAGCUCCAGGGGCCGUGGGAGAACCAGGCAAUCCCGGCAUGCCAGGCAGAGCUGGUAAGUAGCCCACUUAGAACACUUGAGUAACCUACUGGGACUAUAUUCACAAAGCAUCUCAGAGAAAGAGUACUGAUCUAGGAUCGGUUUUGCCUUGUGUGGAUUCAGACUAACCACAGUCACCCCCUAAUCCCAGAUCUAGGAUCAGUUUACACUACCCUGAUCCAAACCUGACCCAUUAGGGAUUAAAACAUGAAGUAACAUCAGAUCCUCAUCCUCUGUUCCAGGUCCUAAAGGCAGGCCUGGUGGGGUGGGGAAGCUGGGGAGGAACGGAGGGUCAGGUCUGGAUGGACCUCUGGGAGGCUCUGGUCCUCCUGGUUUCCCUGGACCUACCGGGUCACAAGGUAUGUAUGUGUGUGUGUGUGUGUGUGAGAGAGAGAGAGAGAGCAUGAGUGUGUAUACCGUCUACAGUAUAUUUGCCUACUGUGAGUAUGUUUGUGUAUCUAGAAUGUCUGUAUGUGAAUCCAUCUGAACACACAUCGACCUCUAUACAACAUGACAAGUCUUACAUUGCUUUAUAACCGCAUCAUAAUGCAUUAUAGCCGGAGGUUUUAAGUAAAGUGUUACCCAACAUUUGAACCUUUACUACUUACAUACUCCCUCCCAUCUUCUCCCCUCCCCUCUCUUUUCACCUCCCCUCCUCCCCUCUCCUCUCCCCCUCCCCCCCAGGUCUGCCCGGUAAGCCCGGCCUGCAGGGUCCCCCAGGUAGUGUGGCACGCAGCAGGAGUAUUGGCUACACUCUGGUGAAGCACAGUCAGAACAACCAGGUGCCCAUGUGUCCUCAGGGCAUGGCUCAGCUCUGGGAAGGAUACAGUCUGCUGUAUGUGGAGGGGCAAGAGAAGGCCCAUAACCAGGACCUCGGUGCGUCACACACAUGCUUGCACACACACCCACACGCACGCACACACACACACACACACAAGGGCAACAUGAGCGAUUAUACGAUUCGGGCAGGCAGAGCGACCUACAAAACUUGCGGAAAGCUAAACUUUAUAUCUCCCCUCCCCUAUCUCUCCCCCCUCUCUCCCUCCUCUUCCAGGUAUGGCGGGCUCCUGCCUUCCCCGUUUCAGCACUGUCCCCUUCCUGUACUGCACGCCCAACGAGAUCUGCUAUUACGCCAGCCGCAAUGACAAGUCCUUUUGGCUGUCCACCACGGCGCCCAUCCCCAUGAUGCCGGUAGGAGAGGAGGCCAUCAGCCAGUACAUCAGCAGGUGCUCCGUGUGCGAGGCCUACUCACAGGCUGUAGCUGUCCACUCACAGGACCUCACCAUUCCCACCUGCCCUGCCGGCUGGAGGUCCCUCUGGAUCGGGUACUCCUUCCUCAUGGUGAGUUAGGGGGGAUUAAGGCCAGAUUCAAUCCACUGUGCAUUAUAGAGCACUGUCGCCCAAAGUGUCUUUUAAAGCCAAUAUUCCUGCGUUUGAGAUCACAUUCAUGGUAAACGCUGAAGAUGUCGGCUCAAUCGUAAAUUACCUUUAAAUAUCAAGCACGCUUUGAAUUCUGGCCUAUAUUCUAUUCUCUAAUGAAAGCUAGUUCACUACCCAAUAACUCUAUAGUCGAAACCACCAUCUAGAAACGAACACCUAGAUCUUAUCUGGUCCCCUCCCCUCUCUCCCUUCCCCCCCAUACAGCACACUGCUGCCGGGGCUGAGGGCGGCGGCCAGUCCCUGGUAUCUCCAGGGUCCUGUCUUGAAGACUUCCGCGCCACGCCCUUCAUCGAGUGUAACGGGGCCAAGGGCACCUGCCACUACUUUGCCAACAAGUACAGCUUCUGGCUGACCACGGUUGAGCCUAACCGGGAGUUCGACCCCCCUCCGAUGGACACACUGAAGGGAGGCAACCAACGCAGCCGAGUCAGUCGCUGUCAAGUCUGCAGCAAGAUCUUG